AUGUCAUCCAAACCUAAAACUAUGCCUAAAACCGAUGGCGAUGAUUAUGAUGCCAAAGGAGAAACUAGCAGUAUUAACAGUAAUAAUGUUGAAAACUCGGUAGAAACUUCAGCAGAAACGCGUCAAAAUAAGAAUUCAACGCUUACCGAUAAUAUUGAUAACAAAAACAAAAGAAAAGAAUUCUCCAGUGAAAAUAAAAAGCUUCAAGAGGAAGAAGUAAAAGUUUUGAAGAAACAAAAAAAAUCUAAUACUAACAAUGAAGAUAACACAGCAAAGGCAGCUGCUACCAAUACUAAUCUCAAAAUGCCAGAGAAUUUAAAAUUUGAACCUAAACAACCUGGUACCGUUAAAUUUGUAUCAUAUAAUGUUGCUGGAUUGAAUGCUUCUCUGAAAAAAGGAUUUAAAAAUUAUAUCGAGGCAGAAGAUCCUGAUAUUUUAUGUUUGGAAGAGACUAAAGUAAGUAAAGAGGUUGAUGGUGCUAUUGACUAUAAAAAAUAUCAAUAUUAUUGGUGGGGAAUUAAUGAAACUAAGAAAGGGCAUGGUGGAAUUUCAGUAUUUUCGAAAAUCAAACCUAUUUCAUCAACAUUGGGAUUACCAACUCAUCCAAAUCCAGAGAUUACUAAAGGAAAUAUUAUAACAUUAGAAUUUCCCGAGUUGUAUUAUGUUGCGUGUUAUGUACCAAACGCUGGUUCAAAAUUGGUCAAAUUAGAUGAAAGAAUGGGAUGGGACGCUGCGAUGGAAAAAUAUUUAAGACAACUUGAUGAAAAGAAACCAGUGAUUUGGGCUGGUGAUUUAAAUGUUUCUCAUAAAGAAAUUGAUUUGACAAACCCUAAAAAAAAUCACAAAACUGCCGGUUUUACACCAGAAGAAAGAGGGAAUUUUGAGAAAAUUUUAAAUGGUGGAGGAGACAAGAAAUUUGUUGAUACUUGGAGACAUUUUCAUCCAAAUGCAUUAGGUUGUUAUACUUACUAUUCUUACAGAUAUCAAUGUCGUUCAAAAAAUAUUGGUUGGAGAUUGGAUUAUCACGUGGUUAGUGAGAGAAUUUUGGAUAGAGUUGUUGAAAGUGAAAUUAGGAGUGAGUGUUAUGGAGCUAGUGAUCAUUUACCUAUUGUUAUGAUUCUUCGUGGAGAAUUGUGA